CAACUUCCAGUGUCUUUUCGUUUACCACCAAUCCCCGUCCAAGCUCGUGUUAAUAAGACAGUUUUAGGAAGCACAGAGAUUGUUCAAAAAACUAGCGUAAACAACGCCUUUGUUAAUAACGAUCCGUUUAUUCCUCUAAAUCCGUUAACAACUGAGGAGAUUAGAGUGUUUGAAGAUAAAAAGGCGGCUGAAAAUAAUGCAAGAAAGAGACGGAGAAGUUCAGAAUAUGAUAAGUGGAAGCGUCCAAAUAGUCAAGAGACUCCUUGGCUAAGCAACGAAUGCAACGUUAAAUAUACAAGUGUGGUUGAAAGAUUGCACUAUGAAAUUCUGGAAUUUGUCGAUUAUCUUUUGCCAACAGAUUUAGAACGUUUAUUACGUGCCUAUGUAAUAAAACGUAUCGAGAUGGCAAUCAGAGCGGUUUACUCAACUGCAGAAGUAUUGGCGUUUGGAAGUUAUAAUACGGAUCUUUAUCUUCCAACAAGUGAUAUUGACCUAGUUUGUUUUAUACAUCAAAGGAAUCCAUUGAGAGAUAUUGUAUCAAUAUUAACUAGAAAUAAUAUUUGUGAAGGCAGACCUAUUGCAAUUGCGAAUGCAGUG